UCCUCCUCCCAAAGAAACCACAAGUUUCCCUGCGCAGACCAGGCACCCCGGGUGUCACACCGCUGCCUUGGGGGCCGCGAGAUUUGCUAACUCCUCGGACACUUUCCUGAUUUCAUCCAAGAAGAAGAUGGAUUUCCCGAUUUUGUUUCAAGUUCCAGGUGUAGCUAAGGGCAGGAGGGCCCAGGGUGAAGUGAUGCUCAGGAACAAGCAGCUAUGCUCCUCCUGUCGAGAGAUAAGCAAGGUACAGCCAACCACUUUCACAAUCCCAGAUAAUAUGAAACGCUCAUUUCAGAAUUACAUGGAUCAUAGAAUGAGUCCUCAUCAAUCCCAAGUCCUGAUGUCUGACUUUCCCUACAAUGACACCCCAACAGAGAACAUUCACUACAAGCUGCCCCUUGUGGGCUCCAGGAUAGCUGUCUUCCAUGAACUGCUAUUAGAAGCCUACAGAACUCUUCAGGAGACUCAACCCUUGCCCAGGAAGGAAUCAAAGGGCAAGACAAUGAAGCACUGAGUGAUCAGAGCUUAUUUCCUCCCAAACACCCAGGGAAAAGCAUCCUCUCCAAGCCAUUUCCCCACACUGGUGCCUUCUCAUAAUUUUCUGUCUCCUUCUAUGACUCAAUUUUGCCUUCCUAAGAGCUACUGGUAUUCUAACUCUUGCCACUUUCUCCUUUCUCCUAAAGACAAAGUGGCUUUAUUUACAUGAAUAUAAAGAUGAAUUGAUUAACACAAA